CGGCGAUAAAAUCUGCAAAUAUUAUCGUCAAUAUAAACCUUAAAACGAAACUAUAAAAAGUUUUGGUGGAAUCGCUGAGCGGUAGUAUUGAAUUGUCUAUACAGAGUUACGAAGUAAUAAAAUUUGUGCCAAAAAUAUGCGUAGUAUAAUUCUAAUUGCUUUUAUUGGCACCGUAUUGAGCAUUAUGAUGCAUCGGUGCAAUGCUGGAACACCAGUGACAUCUGAAAGUUCAGAGAUGUCCGUUCAACCCUUCAGAUAUAUGAGUCGUCGUGCCGCGCAAGGGGGCGGUGGCGGUGCAGGUGGUGGCGCUGGUGCUGGCAUGGGUUUUGGUUUCGGUGCAAAUAUGGGUGGCCAAGCAGGCGCUGAAGGAGGUGGACAAAGUGUCCAUUAAAUGUUUGAAGCAAUAAAACAUAACGGCACUUUUGGCAACGAUUGCAUAUCGAAAAGGACAACGAAAGGGACAACGUUUCUAAUAAUUCUACACUCAAAUCGUAACAACCAAAUAUAGUAAAGCGCACCAACAACUCAAAUAUUGUACAUGAACAUUUAAAAAUUCAUACAAAAUAUGUGAAUAAUAAUAAAUGAAUUAUAACCACGUUAGAUAUCAACGGCAAAGUAUA